CGUAUAUUUUAUCGUUAAAUCCGGUCACACUAAAAAAGCCUCGCUCUAUAAGAAAAUCAAAAAUUAUUGUAAAUUAUUUGUAAAUAAAAAGAUUGGGAACUGCUGCAAUGAAUCAAUUGAACCAAUUCCACGCGCCCUCGUUCGGAGAUGAUAUGUUCGACAUGCCAACGGAGCCCCCCAACCAUGCUUCGCAGAGACUGCUCAGCCUGGAUCAUUCCACGUUCAAUGACGACGACGAGGAGGAUGGCGACACGUAUGGCGGUGGCGGCGGGCACAGGAUGAUGACGCAGCACGAGCACGAGAAUCAACAUCAGAUGCUGCCACAGCUGUCGCCAGCUCCACAGCAGCCACAGCAGCCGCAGCCACAGCAGCCGCAGCCACAGCAGCCGCAGCCGCAGCAGCAGCAAGCGCUGGCACAAGCUCCGUCAAAGCCUCUGGCACCGUUUGCCCUGUUUUUCCGCGACACUGUGACGGCCAUCAAACAGCAGAAUCCGGCAUGCUCCCUCGAACAAAUAUCCGUCAUCGUCCACACCAUGUGGGAAUCUCUGGACGAGACGCAGAAGAACGUGUAUACCCAGCGGCACGAGCAGGAGAAGCGCGACUUUUUGCGCAACAUGCGCGACUAUCGCCAGCAGUUGUCGGAAACAGAAAUCACUCCGGAGGUUGGCAGCAGCAUCCCAGAUGCUGUCGCUUCUGUGCCGGCGAUUCAAACGACGGAUCUGAUCUCGCCAAAAACUCAAAUGAGCGACGAACAAACGACACCGUUGGCCACAGCCACCGUAGAACCUCCCGAGCAAAUUCAGUUGCUCACCGAGGCGGCCCAGGCGCCAAAGUGCACGCGGGAUCAGUGCAACAAGCCGGCGAUCAUCAAUCCGGACUGGGAGGAUGAGUACUGUAGCAACGAGUUCGUGGUCAUCCACUGCCGGAACGUUUUCAACAAUUGGGCGCUCUCAUUGAAGAGCUCUCCGACCUAGGGGCACCGACUGAAACACCGAAUUAAGAUUAGUCUUAGAGUUUAGUUCAAAUCUACCAAAUUGCAUUGCUCCCGCGCGCGCUGACGUCGUGCCCCCAUCAGCUGUAACACGUCUGGGGCCUUGCCAGCCUCGAGAAAAACGAAUUGCUGCAAACGCUGCUGCAUGCAUGCCCCUAACGGGGGGAAUACCACAUAUAUACAAUUGGGGUUAAUUUAACAAACUCUCACUUUCUACCAUUCACAGGAUCUGUUCUAUCUUCCAUGUGUGUCCUGUGGCUGUUUUAACUGUGGCUGGCGCUGUGCCACUUG